CAUUCGUCUGGAAAGGGGGGGAAGUUUGAUCCUCUUUCUCACGGAUCCCAGUUACGGGAGUUUUUCUCCCGUUUACAGACACCGGGAGUAUUAUUUCGUUUUUUGACUUUAUUCGAUCUUGAGUGAAAUUGUACUGCGUUUAUAGCCUGCCUACUACACUCCACUAAGCUGGGGUUUCUCGUAUUUUGUUUUCGUUUUCCUUUUUACUUACUUUUCUCGAGUAAGCCCAAUGACUAUGCUUCUUGAUAGCGCUCCUCAGUUCCCGUCACUCGGAGUAGGGGGAUUCGGAACGCCGAGGCACCAUGAGUUGGGAAACCGAGACCCGGGACUGGGGCUUAGUCCCUUUGCAGAUUCAUCGCACUCGGCAGCUUUCAAGAUCAGUCCCGUUACUCAUGAUAUCGCCUCCAGUCAAACAUCGGCUUUCACCCCGCAAGCUACUGGAUACGCUGCUGCGCUUGGACACCACCACGGAGGGCAAGUUGGUUCUUACGCUGGUGGAUCAUUCAAUUCGACUAGGGACUUUCUCUUUAGAAAUAGGUGCGCUGGCAUCGGAGAGACAGCACCCCCGAGUGCCCAACAUGGAAUCUUUGCCGCCUCUGCUGGGAGUCUACACGGGCCCCCUGGAAUUUCGGACAACCCGGGACAUCUGUUGUUUCCUGGACUUCACGAUCAGAGCGUAAGCCACACUUCACCAGGAGGACAUGUCGUAAACAGCCAAAUGCACCUGGGUUUACGCGGGGACAUUUUUGGCCGUCCGGAUCCGUACCGACCUGUGGCGAGCCCUCGUACGGAUCCUUACGGCACCGCUCAGCUCCACAACUACAACCACCCCAUCAAUAUGAACAUGGGGAUGAACGUCCCCACACAUCACGGUCCGGGGGCCUUCUUUAGAUACAUGCGGCAGCCUAUUAAGCAAGAAUUGUCUUGUAAGUGGAUAGAUGAGAAUCAGAUGAACAGACCCAAAAAGACUUGUGACAGAACUUUUAGCACAAUGCAUGAAAUGGUAACACACGUUUCAAUGGAACACGUUGGCGGCCCAGAGCAGAGUAGCCAUACUUGCUUUUGGGAGGAUUGUCCGAGAGAAGGAAAAUCCUUUAAGGCCAAAUACAAACUCGUGAACCACAUCCGAGUGCACACGGGAGAGAAACCGUUCCCUUGUCCCUUUCCAGGUUGUGGAAAAAUCUUUGCAAGAUCUGAAAAUCUGAAAAUUCACAAGAGAACUCACACAGGUGAGAAGCCGUUCAAAUGCGAGUUCGACGGCUGCGACAGGCGCUUUGCAAACAGCAGCGACAGGAAAAAGCACAUGCACGUGCACACAUCUGACAAGCCAUAUAUCUGCAAAGUGUGUGACAAGUCCUACACACAUCCCAGCUCUCUCAGGAAACACAUGAAGGUACACGAUUCACAAGGAUCAGAGUCAUCUCCGGCUGCGAGCUCUGGAUACGAGUCGUCAACGCCGCCAGUUCUAGUUUCUGCGAACACUGAAGAUCCGACAAAAACACCCACGUCUGGUGUGCAAAAUACGUCUGCACACAGCGAUGGACUACCACCAAAUUUUAAUGAAUGGUACGUUUGAAGCUCCAAGCAGACUCCAAUGAGGACCAAAAGGUUGAAGUAACCUUUAAAAAAAACUAUUUACUCUGUGGCGUACAAAAUGGCAUUGCAACAACGGGAAGAGAUGAGAGUUCGCCAACAGGCCUCGACCAUUCUCAGGAUUCGAAAUUUGACUUUAUUCCGAGUUCGAAGAAAACUAGCAAGGCAUAAAAUAACAAAAUAACACUUUCUAAGAAUAAAUGAUUUUCCUUUAUAGUUUUCAGAUUUCAGAUGAUUAUUUUAUUUUUCAUUUUAUGUAUUUUCUGAAAAAAAAUAUUUAAAAAUAAUGGAUAAAGGAAUACUAUUUCACGGUGUUUUAUAUUGAGGUGACACUCACAUCACCUUUGAUUGAUUGUUAAAACUUCAGACAGUCUUAAUAAACGUGCCAAAGUCUUUGUCUUGAACUUGAACAAAAAAUAAAUCAGAAAUAAGUAUAUAGCCUACUCGUGAAUGUAUUUCAUUGUUUGAUGGAGUCAAAUCUGUUGUCCAGUCUUUUUUCAGGUGGAGAAAUGUGGUAUUAGGUUACGAUUGUUACCUUUGAAUAUAACGUUGCCUUUGUUAAUAACAAUGUAAAUACAUAUCCAUGAUGCCAUAUUUAUCCAUUUGUAAUUUAAUUAUCGGCAAAAGAGCCGAAUUUUAAAUGAUAUUUAUGGAAAUGUUUUCUAACAAGACUGUACAGUUUUGAGUUGAUAACCAGUUUUAACGAUUUAAAGGGAGUCAGCUCUAAAGUUCCCACGAUACGAUUGUACCUUUUUUAACCAAUAUAUGUGUCUUAUCUGGGUCGUAAAGUAUUAAUUAUAUUAAUAUCAUGACAUGAUAUGAUCUAUAGGUUCAAGAAUACAUUUUCGUCUAAGAUGAUCAGUAUAAACAGAAAAGGAAAAACAUUGGGGUUAUUUUUUUAAACCAUUUAUGAAUCAGCCAUAUAAGGAGAAAUACGUUACUGGUUCUUAGCAAAAUUGCCUUCUUUGUUUUUUUCCUCUCUCUUUUCUUGUACUCAGUAAGACUACAUUUCUAUGAUUAAAACCCAAUAAGAUAAAAAGUGUAUGCCCACUUCAUCUACACCUUACAUUAAAAACAGAUACAUGCAAUGGCAUAAUCUUAAUUCCUGAAUUUUGGACGUUGUUAAAGACAUUAUAUUCUUGGGUUUAAGGUACAACCAUUUAAAUCAGUAUAGUAUUCCAUUCUUGAUGGUUCCAGAACUGUCUUUGUGGAUGCAAGUCUGUGUUAAAUGUGUCAAAGAGGAGCAAUGAUGUGUCACAACAGUAAACUCGAAAUAAAACUUUUUGUCAGUCAGUUUGCAUUGUUUUAAAUGUUGUUCUUCGGUGAAUAUAGCGUGCUGUUUGUUAUGAGUAAUGUGGUAUAACAUAUAGAAUAAUUUGAUUACACAUGUGCUUGUUUUAUGUGAAUAACUCUCCAAAUGUUGAACUGUAUGUCUGGAUGAAAUUUAGUAUUAAGAGUACUAGAAGUUUUCAUGAGGAGAGAAAUGUGUUCAGUAACACAUUUACAGCAUUGCAUUGGUACAUAUUUUUUAAGAAUGUAAAAAUAUGCAUAUAAAUAUAUUGUGAACAUGAUUUCAAACCACCAGCACUACUUUUGAAAACAAACGUAAGAAUUCUGUACCUCUUUAAGUAAUGGUGAUAGAUCAAAACAUUUAUUUAAAUAAUUUAAUAAAUAUAUGUUUUAUAAACUAUUUUCUAUACAUUAAGUUCAAAGAAAUAAAGAUUUAUUUCAUUCACCCUCAAUGUAUCUUUACCCAUGAUCUUACAAACAUAUAUGUACUAGUGGAACCUGAAUGUGAUUUUGUAACAUUUUCUGGAGGAAAUGGGUCAUGCAAGUUAUUGCUGAAAAGCAAAUGUUCCACUGAUGAACUGUGUCACUGUGCCAAUUUGAGGCCAACAAUGUUACUUCAACGUACCUAUUCGAAAUCCAGCAAAAUCUUGUUCUUUUUUUUUGAAGUGGGUUUAUUGCUUGUUGGUAGUUUGUUUGACAGACUAUUUAUGACAAAAUGUGAAAAUAAGUUUUGAACUGGAAUUAAAAGAAAUCC